AUGUGUCAGCUCGUACGGCUUUCACCUCUUGCGGGCUCUCCUCGACUGGUGUGUGCUGCUGGGCUGGCUCUGCGGACUCCUCUCGUGACUGAUGACCGACGGCCGGGUGGGCACACGUCCGUGGACCACUUCCGGGCGUCGGAAUCGCACUUUCGACUUACGAUUUUUUCACUUCUUGCGUUUUUGACGUUUUUUGGACGUAUCUCGGCCGGUAUUUGUCUGAGGGCUUCGGGAGUGCCGAAAACCCCCCCUUACAUCCCCCUGUCAGCUGGGGUGACGACGGACCUGGUGCAGCAGACCCGACCCUCCUAG